AUGUCGAACUCGACGUCGGCCUUUAUAGGCCAACCACCCAACACGGAGAGGGACUGGUAUAUCGUUCGGGGGUUCCUGCGAGGCUACGGAAUGUACACGGUCGAUCCUGGUUUGGGUUAUACGCUUGCUGCUCAGAAACCAUACGAUGGAUACACUUAUGCGCCCCGAACACCCGGAAUCAUUGUUGGCCUCUCAAUCGUCAUUGUGGCCAUAGUGACUGCGACUGGUACAAGACUCGCGCUGAGGGCUGCAAUGUCACAAAUGCGAUUUGGUGCUGAUGACUGGGCAACUAUCGCGGCUGCUGCCAUGGGCAUCACAUAUACAGCCUGUCAACUCUGCAUGGCCACUCACGGCGGCGGGAAACACAUAUGGGAUGUGACCUACGAAGAAUAUAAUGUUUUCUACUACUAUGGAGUCAUCGACAAGUUCAUUUUUUACGUUACCGUAGGACUAGUCAAGAUCUCCUUGACGCUCUUUAUCCGACGACUAGCCGACCGGGCCUCGAGACACUGGAAGUGGUUCUGCGACUUCUUCCUCGUCACACUCAUCCUGUAUAUUGCCGCCGCCAUUUUCUGGGAAGUCUUUACUUGCACACCCGCACGGGCGCAGUGGGAUAAGCUCUUUGCCGGCAUGAUCAUACAUCCAGCAACGUGCCAGCCUUCGAGCAUCCAAGGUGUUCAGAAUCUCUUUUUCAACAUUACACAUGUUGUACAGGGAGUGAUACUUUUGCUCUCGCCCAUGGUUAUUCUUUGGAAAGUUCAGAUGGAUAAACAUAAAAAAGCAAGAUUGUUUGGGAUGUGGACAGUCGGUCUCAUUGCCGUCAUCUGCGGACUCAUGCGGCAACUGCGCGCCGACUUCUCCUCGGAUCUCAUGUGGGACUACACGGAGCUGCUGAUCUGGACGGCACUGGACGUCUGUGUAGGCAUCAUCACCAUCUCCCUUCCGGUGAUGGACGCGUGGCUGGCGGGAGCCUGGCGGGGCGCCGUCUCCAAGGUCGGCCGAUCGGGCGGCUCCAGCUCGAACCCAAAGACGAUUGGCACAAGCCGAUCCAGCAAGUACAUCAACAAUGCGUCGGCGCGGCGAUCAAUGAUGCCCGGAGCCAAAGGCUACUCGCACACGGACUCGGUCGAGGACAUGAUCCACACCAUACCCAACCAACCUUCGCCGACCGGCAGCAACGACGAGACGGAGCUCCAUGCUAUUACCCGGACCGACGAGUACAGCGUGCAUUGUUACUCGUCCGCUGCCAACGACUCUGACUGGGACGACGGGCGCCCAGGAAAGGCAUACACCAAACAUAGCUCCCGAAACUUUAGCAUGAAGUAA